AUGACGGAACGAACACCGUUACCCGGUAAAAAGUACAAAUUCACCAUUAACAUAUUUGUACUUUUGAUGGUUCUGGUAAUUGCUGUUCAAGGCACAUACUUGGGUUAUGUGGUCGGAAUGCUAACAACACUGGAAAAGCGAUUUGGAUUUUCGUCGGAAAAAUCUGGGUGGCUAUUGUCCUUGUACGAUAUCGGACACACAAUGGCUAUUCUUCUUAUCGGGUACAUCGGAUCUCACUACCAUCUGCCAAGGAUUACAGGAAUUGGAGUAAUAUUGAGUUCUCUGUCUAUGUUUAUGCUAGCACUUCCGGUCUUGUUCUAUGGAACCGCUGAUUACACACAAGAGCAAUUAUUGCAAAAAAAGGAAGCGUAUGCAAUGGAAAUGAGAUGCGAUGUCAACAGUAUGAGAGAAAUCUCAUCACAAGGUGAAGAUUGUUGGAGAGAGCACAAUGAGCACACAAACGCAUUCAUCAUUCUGGCUUUCGGUCAACUUUUUGCUGGGAUCUUUGCGGCACCUUUCAACACAAUUGCGUACGUCUAUAUUGACAGUAAUGUCAAGCAAAAGAGAGAAUCACCAUUUCUUCUCGGUCUUCUUACUUCAAUGUACGCAUUCGGACCUGCACUUGGAUUUCUGCUCUCUUCUAUUCUCAAUGGAGUUUACACAACACUUGGGGAUGCACCCGAUCACAUUGGUACACAUGAUGAGCAUUGGAUUGGAGCAUGGUGGCUUGGGUUCUUGCUUUGUGGAUCUGCGUAUCUUUUUCUUGCAUUGCCGUUCUUCUUCUUUCCUAGAACAUAUAAGCAUCCUGAUUCAUUCCAUCUUAUGUUGGGACUCUCACGACCACAAGUUAGCCCUGAAGACAGAUUAACCUUCAAAGAAAAUGUGGAGCUAUUUCUCCGGGAAUUCCCAAUGGUACUAAAGAAACUGUUAUCCAACAAAGUUUACAUAACCAUGGUCAUUGCUUGGAUGUUUGGAUCAUACUUGAUUGGUGGCUAUCAAACUUAUCUUCCAAAAUUCAUAGAAACUCAAUAUGGUCGAUCAGCAAGUAUGGCUGACAUCUACUCCGGAAUUAUAUCAGUGGGAGCAAUUGCUGUUUCAACUGCAUUGGGAGGAUGGAUUCUUUCUCGUUACAAUAUUGCUCCUCGAUCUUCAAUUAUCUGUUUGCUUGGAUCAUGGGUUGUCAUUCUUGUCAGUUAUAUUAUUGGUAUGAAUCUCGGAUGCUCACAGCCAAAAGUGGAGGGACUGUCGUAUGUGGAUUACGCUGACAGAUGGCAUUUCUAUCACCACCAAGAACGUGAACAACAGUGCUUGGAAUAUUGCAACUGUGAAACUAUACUCAAAUUUGAUGGAGUCAGUAUGAAUGGACAAAAUUUCUAUUCUCCUUGUCACGCCGGAUGCACGGAUUAUGAUGUGUUCUCAAAUACAUGGUCCAACUGUCAAUGUGUCUAUGGAAAUUCGGUGGAGAAAGGACUUGUGCAUCCCGAAUGUGACAUUUUUUUUGCGUAUUUGGCUGUUAUGAUGAUUGGACUCUUCAUCGGAAACCUAUUCUUUAUGGUCACAAUGAUGAUUGUGCUGAGAAGUGUAUUUGAUGAAGAAAAAGUUAUUGCUUUGAGUUUGGCAUCGUUCAUAACAAACUUAUUCGGAUUCAUCCCCGCGCCGGUAAUAUAUGGAUUCUUUAUCGACCUAUGUUGCAUUCUUUGGAACCGACAGUGUCCGAACGAACGCGGAAACUGUGUGUUGUAUGACAACGACAAAUUCUCAAAAAUGUUCCAUGGAGUGAACAGUUUCUUCCAAAUAUUUGCAAUUCUUUUUGCUGGAAUCUGUUAUUGGGUGUCCAAAUCAGUCAAACUACCGGAGGAAAUGCCAAUGGUGGAGUUUCCAGAGAGUAGAGAACGAGAAUAUCGAGACGAAGAUGAAGAAUGA